AUGGCAUUAUAUAAGUCGACUUUGAAGUCACAUUGCAAGAUCUCGAGGUAUACAAACUUUUUGAGCAUGUAUUCCGGUUCGGCAACAAAUCUUGCAAAAUUGCCAAGAGAACAAGUGCAACAAUAUUUGAAUAAUAUCGACACAGUACUAACGGACUGCGAUGGAGUUUUGUGGCUGGAAAGUGAGCUCAUACCGGACUCUGAAAAGGUCCUAAACAAGCUCAGAGAAAUGGGAAAGAAGAUUCUCUAUGUUACCAACAACUCGACUAAAAUAAGAGACGAGUUCGUAACCAAAGCUAGGAAGAUGAAUUUCAUUGCAGAGAAGGAUGAAAUUAUUUCCACAUCAUACUUGGUGGCCAGUUACUUAAAGCUUAGUGGAUUCAAUAAGAAAGUUUAUGUUAUUGGAUCGAAGGGGUUGUCUAAGGAAUUGGAGGCAGCUGGAAUCAACCAUUUCGGAAUUGGGGCAGACACCCUGCAAAGCAGCUUAGUUCAAGCUAUUGAGCAGUUUGAACCUGACAAUGAAGUGGGAGCUGUUGUAGUUGGAUUCGAUGAACACUUUUCAUAUGUUAAAAUGCUCAAAGCAGCUUCAUACCUUAACAAACCACAAUGCUUGUUCAUUGCGACGAACACUGAUGAGAGGUUUCCCAUGAACACAGAUCUAGUGAAUAUGAACGAGGAACCUUGCCAGGCAUUGUAAUGACUAAGGUGCAAUACUUAGGAAAAGUGGAAACAGUGACAUAUAGCCUUUCGAAGUAUUUGAAGAACUACAGCCUUUAAAAUCCAGUUCACCCUCAGAAUUAUGUGUCAAUUGUGCCUAUGGGGAAUUUCAAAAUAUUACUAGAUAAUCAGCUGUUAUUCAACCACAACGGUACUCGUAAAAAAUACAAUAGUUACGUCAAGAGAUGUUAAAACGUAAAAAAUAGGUUUUUCCACAAGCACCACCUGCCGGGAGCAAAAUCCGACCUUGCUACCGCUGAGGUUUUAGAAAUGAUGAUGAAUUUACAGGUUCCAGGAACAGGUGCAAUAGUCAAAGCUGUGGAAACAGCAGCACAAAGGGAACCGAUAGUUAUAGGAAAACCAAACUCUUUCAUAG